AGACUGAAGGCUAAGCACUUAACUAAGCUUCGUAAUUGGUCAAAACUCAAAACACUCUCUCUCUCUCUCUCUCUCUCUCUCUUACUUCCAUUCCUGCACUCAAACCCUUGUUAAGCACUCGAUUUCGGAAAUAAAGCUCAUCGCAAAGCACUUUAUCUUCGUAUUCGUAGGAUCGGUUGGAUUCUGGAGCAGUCUGUGAUCAAUGAAAAUGGAUUUGGUGUCCGGUUACAAGGGGGUUGUUGGGCUUGUUUUUGGAAACGAGAAUUCUUCAAAUGAAGAUAGCUAUGUUGAACGCUUGCUCGACCGGAUAAGCAAUGGUAAACUAGCAGAGGACAGAAGAAAUGCUACUAUUGAGCUUCAGGCUAUUGUAUCAGAAAGUCAAGCCGCCCAGUUAGCAUUUGGGGCAAUGGGCUUUCCUAUAAUGCUAAGUGUCUUAAAGGAAGAACGUGAUGAUGUUGAGAUGGUUCGUGGUGCUCUGGAAACUCUUGUAAGUGCAUUGACUCCUAUUAAUCAUGCAAAAGGGCCGAGUAAUGAAGUUCAGCCAGCUUUGAUGAACACCGAUUUGCUUUCCAGAGAAACAGAAAGUAUCUCUCUUCUUCUAAGUUUGUUGGCAGAGGAUGAUUUUUAUGUACGAUAUUAUACUCUGCAACUAUUGACUGCCCUUGUCACUAAUUCUCCACAGAGGUUACAGGAAGCUAUAUUGACCAUUCCACGUGGUAUAACUCGGCUAAUGGACAUGCUUAUGGAUCGUGAGGUAAUAAGGAAUGAGGCCUUGUUGCUUCUUACUCACCUGACCCGUGAAGCCGAGGAGAUUCAAAAGAUUCUUGUCUUUGAAGGUGCAUUUGAGAAAAUUUUCAGUAUUAUAAAAGAGGAGGGAGGUUCAGAUGGUGGCGUUGUUGUACAGGACUGUCUUGAAUUGUUAAACAACUUGCUUCGUACUAAUGCGUCUAAUCAGGUACUGCUAAGAGAGACUAUAGGACUUGAUUCAUUGAUAUCAAUUUUGAAGCUGAGAGGAAAUGCUUACACUUUUACUCAACAAAAGACAAUCAAUCUGCUCAGUGCGUUAGAAACCAUUAACUUGUUAAUAAAAGGAGGUUCUGAGGCUGAUCCUGGGAAAGAUAUGAAUAAGCAGGCAAAUAAGACAACUCUAGUUCAGAAAAAGGUAUUGGAUCAUUUAUUAAUGUUAGGUGUUGAAAGCCAAUGGACCCCUGUUGCUGUUCGCUGUGCGGCAUUGGGGUGUAUUGGGGAUAUGAUUGCUGGAGAUUCAAAGAAUCGUGAUGUUAUUUCUAGCAAAGUUCUUGGAGAGGAGCCACAGGUCGAACUUGCUCUGAAUUCCAUACUUAGAAUCAUUUUGAGGACUUCUAGCAUGCAAGAGUUCAUUGCAGCUGAUUAUGUUUUCAAAAGCUUUUGUGAGAAAAAUACCGAUGGACAAUCAAUGCUGGCAUCCACACUAAUUCCACAGCCAUAUUCCAUGAAUCAUGCACCCCUUGAGGAGGACGUCAAUAUGUCUUUUGGAAGCAUGCUAUUACAUGGUCUUACUUUGGGUGAAAAUGAUGGUGAUCUUGAGGUUUGUGGCAGAGCUGCUAGUGUUCUGUCGCAUAUAUUGAAGGACAAUCUCCAUUGCAAGGAAAGGGUUUUACGAAUUGAAAUUGAGGCACCGGUACCAUCUUUAGGAGCUCCCGAGCCACUAAUGCAUCGAAUGGUGAAAUAUUUGGCUCUUGCCUCUUCUGUGAAAAACAAAGAUGGAAAGUCUAGUUCAUCGGCAAACUCAUAUGUGCAAGGAAUUAUCUUAAAAUUACUGGUUACUUGGCUAGCAGAUUGCCCGGAUGCAGUGCACUGCUUCCUUGAUGCUCGCCCCCAUCUUACUUAUCUUCUUGAACUUGUGUCAAAUUCGUCGGCGACAGUGUGCAUAAGGGGUUUGGCAGCUGUUGUGUUGGGUGAAUGUGUGAUCUAUAAUAAAUCGAGUGAUAGUGCAAAGGAUGCAUCUGCCAUUGUUGAUAUGAUGAGUCAGAAAGUUGGGCUUAGUUCAUACUUUGUAAAGUUUGAUGAGAUGCAGAAAAGUUUUGUGUUUGCCAGCGUGGAGUCAUCUCUGAAUCAUAAAUCAUUCACUCGAUCUUCAGCAGCUAGCAUGGCAGAUAUUGCAGAUUUAGAAAACGAUUUUUCUGAACAGAAAAAUAUGGAUCAUCCAAUUCUCUCUUCAAUCUUGGAUUCUUAUUUUGUGAAUCUUGUCAAAGGACUGGAGGCAGAUAUCAGAGAACAGAUUGUGGAGGUUUAUAGUCAUCCAAAAAUCAAGGUGGCUGUGGUGCCAGCAGAAUUAGAACAGAAGAGUGGUGAAAGUGAUGGUGAGUACAUAAAGCGACUGAAAGCUUUUCUUGAGAAGCAGUGCUCUGAGAUACAGGACCUCCUUGUUCGGAAUGCUACUUUGGCUGAGGACCUUGCUAAGACAGGUGGAGGUAGUAAUUUGCGAUCUGAGCAUAGAGUGAGUGGGAGUUCACAGAGAGUUCAAAUCGAGACACUCAGUAGAGAUCUCCAAGAAGCAUCUCAAAGGUUGGAGAUGCUGAAGACAGAAAAAGCCAGAGUUGAAUCUGAGGCAAUAAUGUACCAUAAUUUAGCUGGAAAGAUGGAAGCUGAUCUAAGAAGUCUUUCUGAUGCGUACAAUAGUCUUGAGCAAUCUAACAUCCAACUGGAGAAGGAGGUGAAAGCACUGAAGAGUGGAGGGCCCUCAACAUUCCCAGAUGUGGAGGCAAUAAAAGCUGAAGCAAAGGAAGAAGCUCAGAAGGAGAGUGAGGGCGAACUGAGUGAUCUGCUUGUAUGCCUAGGGCAAGAACAGAGCAAGGUGGAUAGACUUAGUGCUAGAUUGCUGGAGUUGGGGGAGGAUGUUGACAAACUACUUGAUGGCAUUGGAGAUGAUGCUGGGAAUGUUGAUGAUGGUGACGAUGAGGAAGACACUGAAUAAUGUACCAUCAUCAUCUAGCCUCUGCAGGCUUACUUUGUAGAUUUCUUGUUAAAUUGUACAGUCUAAACAUAAGCUAUGGAGAAUGGGACAGAAACAUGUUCCGGGGUUGAUUUUAAAUUAUAACUUCAUCUGGACCUCUUUGGUGUUGGUGUUUGUUACGCAAUAUUUGUUGAUUAAAUUGUCUCUCAUAACUUUCUUUCUUUGUUCAUCUUUCUUUUUUUUUUUUUUUUUUUUAAACCUGUCAAAUUGGGAGAAAAAAUA